AAUGAUCUUGGCCAGGCGAUCGGUUUAGUGCGCGCCCGCAGGCCAACGCAGUUGGAACGCAUUGGAGAUACUCGUACUCGGACUUGGACUCGGACUCGACGCGGUUCUUUGCUCGCAAUUAUUGUCGCACACAGAUACUACACACUGACUGACACUCGCGCACAAAAUGGAGGACGACGAGAAGAUGGACAUCAUGCGCAAGGCAUUCCAAAUGUUCGACACACAAAAGACGGGCUUCAUUGAGACCCUGCGGCUGAAGACCAUCCUGAACAGCAUGGGUCAGAUGUUCGAGGAGAGCGAACUGCAGGAUCUGAUCGACGAGAACGAUCCGGAGGAUACCGGUAAGGUGAACUUCGAUGGCUUCUGCAACAUCGCCGCCCAUUUCCUGGAGGAGGAGGACGCCGAGGCCAUUCAGAAGGAGCUGAAGGAGGCCUUCCGUCUGUACGAUCGCGAGGGCAAUGGUUACAUCACCACCUCAACGCUCAAGGAAAUCCUCGCCGCCCUCGAUGACAAGCUGUCCUCCAGCGAUCUGGAUGGCAUCAUUGCUGAGAUCGAUACUGAUGGCUCCGGUACCGUGGACUUUGACGAAUUCAUGGAGAUGAUGACAGGCGACUAGAGGAAUCGCGCUUGCUGACCAAAGAAUAUUAACAAACAUUAUAGAAUGAAGCUUUUGGGU